UUUCUGAGCGGUUUUGUCCGGAAGACUGUGCUCAGGUUAUGACGACUAAUCCCAAACCGAACAAGGCAUUAAAGGUAAAGGAGGAGUCGGGAGAGAAUGCCCCAGUGCUGAGUGAUGAUGAACUCGUGUCAAUGUCCGUACGGGAGCUGAACCAGCACCUGAGGGGUCUCACCAAAGAGGAGGUCAUCCGUCUGAAGCAGCGGAGGCGCACGCUGAAGAACCGGGGCUACGCUGCCAGCUGCCGCAUCAAGCGUGUGACUCAGAAAGAGGAGCUCGAGAGGCAGCGGGUUGAGCUGCAGCAAGAGGUGGAGAAGCUGGCCAGAGAAAACAGCAGCAUGAAGCUAGAGCUGGACGCCUUGCGUUCCAAGUACGAAGCGCUCCAGACCUUUGCUCGUACUGUGGCGCGAGGGCCCAUUACCCCGACCAAAGUUGCCACCACCAGUGUCAUCACCAUUGUGAAAUCAGCCGAAAUCUCAUCCAGUUCUGUGCCGUUUUCAGCAGCAUCCUAGUGCCCUCGGUGCGGGGAACUAGCAGCCUUUCAGAGGGGAGGGGAAAAGGCUCUUAUGCAUUGUUCCGGAGUCCUUGGUCACGUCAAGAAUUGGUAUUUUAGCAAUUCUCUUCCAAAAGUGCAAAAA